CAAACGACAGACAACGGAUGAAUACUGGUCUGCACUGAUUUGCUAUAAAUAUAAACGUGCGUGCGCCGUGGACGGCAAGUGGAGUAAGUGGAGCGCCUGGAGUGGUUGUACCACCAAGUGUGGCCCAGGCCUAAGGCAGAGGACCAGAUCGUGCGAUGAACCUAAGCCAACUAAUGGUGGCGCAUAUUGUACUGGGCGCAGCUUUCAAGAGACAGAUUGUGUAGGAGACGAUUGCCCAAAGGAAGGUAUACUCGUCAGUAAGUUAAGCGACUGGUCCGCUUUCUCAGAGUGUUCAAUCUCAUGCGGCAGUUAUGGUUUAAGGGUGUCCAAGCGGGAAUGCUAUGGAGGUGGAAUAUGUACAGUGAACGGGAAGCCCGUGCAAGAGUUGUUGCAUUUUAAACCAUGUUAUGGCGGAUUAUGCCCAGUGAAAGGAAGAUGGGGCCAAUGGUCGGCGUGGACGGCGUGUUCAGCAAAAUGCGGCACUGGACGCAAGGGUCGUCUUCGUAUAUGCAACGCUACCGUCAUUGAUGAGCUUAGUAGCGAGUGGUGCGUUGGAGACGAAGUGAAGAUGAAGAAAUGCAAAUUGCCCUGUACGGAUACGGGAGGGAAAGUCAGUGAUGACGAGGAAAGUAUUUUCAGGAUUCUUGGAAAGGAAAAGAAACCGAGAGUUAAAAGAGACGAUGAUGGCGAUGGUGACGAGGACAACAAUAAAGAAAAAGAAAAUGAUGGUGGUGGUGACGGAGAGAACAAGAACGAAGAUUAUUUCUUGAACGAAGGAAAAGAAAAAGAAAAAGUGAACGCACUUGCUGAUGAAGAGGAAAAUCCACCAGAUAAAACAACCACUACACUGAACACAAAAAGCACAAUCAAAGAAGUCCCAACAACAAAGGAAUCUCCCGUUAUAAAGAACAUAUCGAAGUCAGCAGACAUACUAGCUAAAGGCUCCUCCAAAUACAAGCCACUGCCUUCAAAAGAGCCACACACAGCAUGGUCAGAAUGGACGAAGUGUUCUGCGUCCUGUGACGGUGGCACCCGCACUAGGACAAGAUCCUGCCUGAAAAGAAAAUUCCCGUGCAAGGGAGAAAUACGUGAUUUCCAGUUCUGUAACACCAUGGCGUGCCCAGUUGAAGGUGAUUGGAGCGAAUGGCUAGGGUGGAAUCCGUGCAGUGUGACAUGCGGUACUGGGCAUCGUACGAGAUACAGAAAGUGCGACUCUCCACUGCCAUUACUAGGAGGUACCUGUGUUGGCGACGACCAUCAACGGAAGAAAUGUACCAUGCCCGAGUGCAGUAAAGACAUUUCCUCGACGUGGACCAAAUGGUCCAAGUGGACAGAAUGCUCUAAAACGUGCGGACCUAGCAAGAAAUCGCGUUCGAGGAAAUGCUCCACAAACUCUGGUGAAAAAAGUCACGUUUGUGUAGAGGCAUCCACGCAAACUGUCCCCUGUCACCCGAGACCCUGUCCAGUUAAAGGGCAGUGGGCAGCCUGGAGCAGCUGGGCGAAGUGUUCUAGGAAGUGUGAUAUCGGAGUUCGUAUAAGGGACCGCACUUGUACCGACCCAGCACCCGUCGGGACAGGGAAGAGAUGUAUUGGGUUAGGCGCCGAUCUCUCUCACUGCUUCAGAAGGCCAUGUGGCGACCCUGGUGAAUUGGCAUUGGUGUUCAAGGGAGAAGGGUUCCUGCAGUACCCUCCCAACGAUAUCGUCAGUCAUGUCCUUUACAGCUUCAUUCGGUUCAAUCCCUCGUCCGGAGAGGGCGUCUUGCUUCACGGGCAUAGUGCCAACUGCACGUCGGACAAGUGUGCGGACAGCUUUGAACUUUCGCUUAAAGACGGCGUCUUGUGUCUGAAGGUUGACAUGGUUGGACAAAAAAUGAAGCUGCUUAGCAAAGAAAAAUUAAAGACUGGCGUUUGGCACAACGUCUUGAUUUCACUGAUUGGCAAGCGUGGUAUGAUGGAGGUGGACGACAGGGAACAGAUAAGUGCGAAGUUUAAUGUUGAUCUAGAAAUGAUAGAUUAUGAUCUUCCCUUAACCCUGGGCGGAGUCGCUCCGGACAGUCAGUCAAAGACACAAGGGUUUGAGGGAAAGAUUGCAGAUCUCCGAGUGAAUUACAAAAAAUUUUCACUGUCUAGGGAUCGUCAUUGGCAUGGGUAUGGCAACCCGGAUAAAAAAGCCAAUGUGAAAAAGACUAAAGCAGAUGUCGAAGCAGUUUACCCAUCGUUUAACGGCAGCUCAUACUUGCCACUGUCGUCUGCUCCAAAUGGAACCCAUUUUCAGUUGUCCCUCGUUAUGAAGCCAGUAAACCUGACCGGGCUGAUUGCCUUCGUGCCGGGAAUGGUCAGCGGUUCUUAUGCCUCUGUGAUGAUAAGAAAGGGGAAACUUGAGCUCUGUAUAAAUCUCAAAGUGGAUCGGACGUGCCGAAAAAGUGGGAUAGAGUUAAAGGUGAAUUCCUGGUAUUUUGUAGACAUUAACAUCGCAGGGAACACCGCGAAAUUCCAUAUAAACGGCAAUGAAGCCAACCAGUUGACCGUCCAAGGACAACCAUUCACAAUCAGAGGUAAAGUUUACAUUGGUGGAGGUAGUAACACAGAUUGGACAGUCUUUACCGCUGCUGGUAAAGUGAACUCCGGAUUUGUUGGAAUCAUCGAACAGAUCAUCCUAAAUGGCAGGGUUUAUUCGAUGAAGAGGCGGUUGUUACGUGGACGGUACGGUCACUUCAAUGGCGUAGGGGCUAGCGUCGCAGUACAUUAUAAUGAGCUGUUUGAGAAUGAGGAGACAGUGAUAGACCUGCGAUGCGACUACACAGAGAUGGUGUUAAAAGCCAAGAAGAACGAACAUGUGCACGUGGAGUGGUUGAGAGGCAACCAAAAAUUGGUACUGAAUGACCAUAUGACUCUCCUGGAGGAGCCGGGUUUUGGUAAUGUGAGUGUUCUCCGGCUCCGCCCGAGUCACACGGAUGCCAACACGGGGAUCUACGCAUGCUUGGUCACCUUCAGGAACACUGCCACGAUUUUACGGUCAUUCGGAGUCACGUAUCACCCCUACGAAAUGGUGAUGUCUUUCUCCGCGGAGUUGCCCCAGAUUUCUGUAAUAGUGGUUAGUGUAUUGUUAGCAGUCCUUGCUUUGGUGCUGUUCAUGCUGCAACGACUAGGAUACAUGAGGCAAAUCACCCGGAAAUUCAACUUUUAUGGCAAACUUGCAGAAAGAGCAAACAAGAGAAAGAAAUCAGACGCUAAAUAUGAAAGGUUAGACGGACCGAAAGCAGAAGAAGAGGAGACAUUAGAUCAAAAGGCGAAAUCAUCUAAGACUUCAGUUAAGAGCAGAUCAAAGCAAAGUGUGACUGGGUCAGUCCCUGGAUCUAAGAAAAGUGUGAAGAUCAAUUUGACGGGCCCCUCAAGCGAUAGCCUUGGUGCGUCCAAGGAAUCUCUGAUGUCAAAAGGUUCCAAGAAAUCCAUAAAAGGUGAUUCUAGGAGCAGCAUAAAACAGAUGUCUUCUCACCGGUCUCUGGCGUCUGUUCAUCAGCGCUCUGGUGCCAGUCUGAGCUCGAGAAGCAGAGCUAGUGUUGAAUCUACCGUGAAGAAAGAAGAUGAGAUUUCAGAACUCUGUGACCCUGUCCUAGGAUCAGCAUCAUCAGUUGCAUCAAAGUUACGCGAAGAAGCCGAGAGAGAGUUUUCAGAGCACCUCUUGAAGAGCCAAACUAACUCGGUCGUGAGCCUAAAAGAUAGUGUAGCUACUAUCGGUAGCAUGACUCAGAAGGGUAGCACUAUUAGUGUUCCUAGUGUCGCAAGUGUGGCAUCCAAGAAAACGUCGGGCGAUUUGUCAGUAGAAAAGCACAGCAGCCAUUCGGUGAGGUCUACACCUUCAAAAGCCAAAGAAAGUUAGGCUAGCCGAAAACGAAAAGCACAUUAAAAUGAAAAAAGAAAAAUACAAAGAAUCGCCAGUGAGAAGCGUUGUUUACAGUUGUAUACGUAAACAAUAACAGCUAUAGUUAAAACGUAAUGGUGUAUAUUUUAAAGAAUGCCUUUUCAAACAAAUGAUACCGAUUUGUAAGAUAGUAAGACAUAACCAAGAUAAAAAAGGAUGAUUCGCUCCAUUUCUUCUUCGACAUGUGUGUGGAAUGAUUAUAUGGUAUAUGAUCAGCAAUCAUUAGACUUAUCGAUGUUUACACCAGAUUA